AAAUUUCCAACAAAAAGAAAAGUAGUUGAUCUCAAUAUCUCAUCAUUAAUUUUCAAUCAAAUCUUUGUGGGGGAUGGGAUUUAUUCUAAGCUCAAUUAUAACUUAUAUAAGAAAUGAAAACAACCAAACACAAGGUUAAAGAGAAAGUCUCUUUAUUGACAAUUCUUUAGUCGCACACUUAUAAUAGAUUCAUCUGCUAUUUUCCUAAACUCCAGCCUUCAAUCUCGGUCCUAGACAUUCGGCAAUCAUUUACACACAUAUAUUAAUACAUUAACUCUAUUCUUAUUUUUCCGAUUUUCUUACUUUAAUAAGAACAACUACAAUCUCAAACACAUAGCAAGAGAAGAGAUACACAAAACAAAGACUCUGUUUGUUAUUCUUCCUUCUUUUUGUUUUCAAGAAUGGAGGGAAAGAAAUUGAAUUUGUAUGCUCCAUUACCAUCAAUCAGGCGAAUUCCGUCUAUGAUAGAGCGUUCAAGUGAGUUAGAGAAUAAGAAGACGACGAUUACAAGACCAGAGCUUCGAUCAUGUCCGAGCACAAAACAAGAAACGCCGGUUUUUGUAUUACCAGACCAGAGCUUUGAUCAUCUCACAGAACCAGCUUCAAUUCCUUUUAUGUGGGAACAAAUCCCUGGAAAACCAAAAGAUGACAUGGCUACAUUGAUUCAAGAGUCAGGUCUACUAGAAACCGAUGAUGAAGAAGAAGACGAAGUAGAUGAAGAUUUGGAUACGGUUUCUUCAAAUGUAAGCUUCUCUGUUAACUGCAGCACAAGUGGAGUUAGCGAAAUCGAGAAGACCGGUGAGAGAUCUGAUUGUGAUGAGAAGUCUAGAGAAAGUCUUGAUCUAAUGAUGUCAAGAUUCUUACCAGCUGCUAAAGCAAUGGCUCUUCAGACACAUCAGAAACAUCAAUCUUCUUAUAACUCUUCAGAGCAGAAGCUAAUCACUCAGAACAGAGAAGCUCUCGUAGCUCGUCAAAGAAGUCAACUGGUUGCAGAACAUGAACAUUUCGCCAUUGUUCAGAGUCUUUACGAUGACUUAAACAUUGAUGAUGAUACUGAAGACGACGAGAAUGAUGAUGAUGGUGAUGAUUAUGGUCAUGUUGAUCACAAGAUCUACCCAGCUGAAGUUACCAAGAAAGCUUGCGGAUUCUUGCCAAGGCUUUGUGCGAAGAACUCAUUCAAGUUUCUAAACCCGGUUCCUUUGGAUUCAGUAUCAAACCGGUCUAUGAAACAUUCGGGUGAUCAAACCAGUUUACCAAACUGGUCAACUAGGCGUCUUUCCGGUUUUAUCUCUCCGUACCGAACCUCUUGUUCGGAUUCCGGUUUUCUCGGAACUCCCGAGAAACCAGAGAGCUUCAAAAGGCUAAACAGAGGAAUAAGCAAGUCUCAAGAACUGUAUCCAACAAGAACAAGAAGAGAGGUUCUUCCUAAUUACUCAAAUUCUGGAGAGAUCAAAAUGUUUAGAAACUCGAUCUCUACUCCUUCGAGGAUCCAACGGACCACAAUUCACGAUUCUAGGUUUCUUGUUGAGGAAGUAAACAGAAGAAGGAACAACAAGUCAGGGAAUCUUCAACAAACAUCGUCGGAAUAUACACCUGCGCUUUCUCCUCCUCCGUUACCGGAAACUCCGUCUCGUUCCUGGCUCGGACGAACCCUCCUACCGCCGGUGAACCCGAGACCGUACGGCGUCGUUUUAGGUCAAGUUGGUAUCAAGAAACUGAAUCAAGAAGUUCUUGAAUCUACGAAAUGGGAAACGAUCGUUAAAACAUCGUAUGUUCACAACGAUCACGCUCGUUAUUCUCAGGAGCUGAUUGUUUAUCCAUCUCGCCAGCAAAAUACAUAAAACCAGACAAAUUACUUCUUGUUUUUACAUUACAAUUAAGUUAAUAAAUAGUUUUAAGGUUUGCCUCUUAUUUUUCUUGUAGGCAACACAAAUGUACCCGAGAUUGAUUCUUUAUGUUUCAAUAUUUUUGUGUGUGUUAUAAUUGUGGCGUUUGUUUUCCGACCGCAUUAUUUGUAAUUGGAAGACCUCAUGUUAUUGAUGUUAGAUACAAUAUGGAUUCCGU